AUGGAGUUUCGUUCUAUUCCUAAAGCUCUUCCAGCAGAGGACAUUGGCCUUGAGAAUGCAGAAAAGUUUCUGGCGGACUUUGACCACUUUUCACAACAAGAAGACAGUGAAAAGAGGACUCCUUCCAUUAGAAAAAUGGGAGAUGCUGUCGAGUUUUUGUUAAGUCCCGAACAAACCAAAGAAUUAUUAACAAAAGCUAUAGCACUCAUUCAGAAGGAAGAAAUAGCGUCAAUUAAAGUGAUUGCCAUUCAACAAAUUGUUCUUUUUGUAACCAAAUGCCACGAAGGAAACAUAUCAGUCUAUGACGAGUUAUAUCCAUUGAUGAAGGACUUGGUCAUGGACGAGACAGAAGAAGUUUCUAUGGCGGCAAGAAAAGUUUUAAAGAAGUUGGGAGAGUAUUUGACCGAUGAGUCACAAAUUGAAGAGUAUUUGAAAUUUGUCGACGGCCUUAUUGGUAAUGUCGAUGGCUUUAUCUCGACUUCUGGACUCGAUUUGUUCAACUAUUACUCUGCAAAAGCACAGAAAGAAUUCGUCAAAAAGUUCAUCUUUGGAAGAUUGAAAGCAAUGACGGAGAGCGUCCAGUUUGUCAUGAGAAAAGGAGCAGUCUCUGUGCUUCCCGCCGUCCUAUCAAAUAUAGAAGAAAGUGAUAUCCAGACCAUUCUAGAGUUGUUUGAGAAGAUGUCGAGUGAUUCUGUGUUUUCUGUGAGAAAGACGUGUGCUGUUGUACUCAUUCAGAUCUUCAAGGUCUUUGAAAAUAACAAGCAGAAAGUUUUAGAGUAUAUUGAGAAGUUCAUAGACGACAAAUCGCGAUUUGUAAGAUUCCAAAUCAUCGCCAACUUUGGUAAGAUCUGCCAAUUCCUUGGGAAAGAAUAUGUCAGUGAAAAGAUGAUCACAUUCUUCAUAUCAAAUUGUGCUUCCACUUCAGACUCGGAACAACAGUACUAUGGUGCUUUUUACUUUGUGACCGUCCUUCAGACUAUUGGAGUUGAAAAGUGGAGUCUUUUGACAUCGAGUUAUGAACAGUUAGCACUCAGCGUCCACUGGAAGAAUAGGAAGUGUGUAGCGUCUUCCCUUCAUUUAUUAGCGAAUAUCUUAGGCAAUGAAAUCACUUUGGCUUAUUUGAUUCCGGCCUUGGAUAAGUACUUGUAUGACUAUGAUGAUAUUAAACAAGUUGCUAUGAUGCAUGUCGUCGACUUCAUUCCAAUAUUGGGACAAGCAAGAUCCGUUUCUAUUCUUACGUUACUCCAAAAUGCAAUUAAGACUCCAGAUUGGAGAAUUAGAAGAACAGUUGCUAAGCAACUUGGAUCAUUAGCAGAAUACACUCCACAAUACUCACAAUAUGUCGAAGAGAUUUGUGUGUCACUCUUGGUGGACAACGUCAACAAAGUUCGUCAUGCCGCCGGAAAGGAAAUGGGGAAGGUGAUCAACGCUUUCUUAACAAAUGGAUAUGUCGGUGCCUCGGCAUUGAUCCAGAAGUUCACUGAUAUGGCGUCGUCACCUAUUAAAGUCCGCAGAGUCGAUUUUGUCACCGUUGCUACGGCUCUUUUCUUGACAUUGCCACCAGACCAAUUCAACCCAUACAUUCUCCCAUCUUUUGACUUGGCAAGUAAGGACAAGGUGAGUUGUGUGAGAGUUGCUGUUGCGACAAACAUUAAAAAGGUGAUGGAGAAGAGUAAAAACUACGGAGAAGAGAUCAAGGCGAUUGCUAAGAGACUAGAAGAGGACGAAGACUCUGAUGUCAGAUGCAUUAUUAAAAAUGGUGAAUUGAACUUGUUCAAGAGAAAGAAACAGUCCAAUAAAGUUGUAGAGGAUCCGUCUGCGUUUGUCGAGACUUUCGAAGGGUUUGGGAGAAAGUAA